AUGGCCGCCGUCGCCAACCCUUCGAUGCCGCAGAGCAUCACACCAUCCACCAGUCCUUCAUUAGCCAACGUCAACAUGAAUGGCAUGAAUGGUCAGGCAGAUCAGCAGUCAACGCCAGACAUGCCACGCCCCUACAAGUGUCCUCUGUGCGAUCGAGCCUUUCACCGUCUAGAGCAUCAGACAAGACAUAUUCGUACGCAUACUGGCGAGAAGCCUCAUGCCUGCACAUUCCCAGGUUGCACGAAGCGCUUCAGCAGAUCUGACGAAUUGACUCGCCACUCGAGAAUACACAACAACCCGAACUCUCGUCGCAACAACAAGGCCCAUCAAGUCGCGGCCGCUGCAGUCGCUGCUGGUUUGCAGGACACUCCAAACGGCAACUAUUCAUCGCAAGCACAGAUGAUGCCGCCUCCGCACAGGACAAUGGGCCCUCGAUCUGCUCCCACUUCCAUGGCUGGCUCGCCCAAUGUCUCGCCGCCUCACUCUUUCGCUGCGGCGAACUCAAGUCACCCUUCCGACCGUGGCAACAUCAUGGACAUAAACCUGCUGGCAUCUGCCGCUUCUCAGAUCGAACGAGAAGAGAACCACGUUGCACGAGUGCCUUAUCAACACCAGCAUCAUCUUUUCAGUCACCGCAAUGGGCCGAGCAAUGGACGACUGCCUUCAUUAUCUGCCUACGCUAUCUCACAGUCAAUGUCUCGUAGUCACUCUCAAGAAACACACGAGGAUCAUCAUCGAGUCAAGCGCUCGCGACCCAACUCGCCCCAUUCGACUGCUCCAUCUUCUCCUACAUUUUCCCACGAGUCGAUCUCGCCUACGCCCGAUCAUACCCCGCUUGCCACUCCAGGUCAUUCGCCAAGGUUACGACCGCAUGAUAGCGACCUACAACUUCCCGGUCUCCGUCAUCUUUCAAUUGGGCAACACACACCACUUUUGGCACCGAUGGAACCUUCUGCAGAUGGCUCAUAUGCUCACAUCGAGCCUCCGAGACACACCGGCCCAUCCAUCUCAGAUAUCGUAACUGGUGGGCAGCGAAAGUUGCCAGUGCCACAACUCCCAAAAGUCCACGAGAUGCUCCAUUUGCCAAGCGGACUUUCUGGCGAUUCCAGUACGGCAUCCUCAAUCAACGGAGAUCAACAUCGGCCAUAA